AACAAAAACUUUGUCAUCCUUCCUAUCUAAACAAGAACUCAAAAUUCAGCCCCUCCCUUUAAACUCGCAUUUCCCAACUCGCUGCUCUUCUUCUAGUUCUAUACAUGUAUGCAUAAACCAAGAAUUGCCCAUUUUUUGUUUCUUUUCAAGGCUCUCUAUUCCCUUUUCUUCUCAAAAUCAUAUCUUCUUUUUUUCUUGCCGGGUUUAAAGGGGUUUUUGGUGGCUGAAUUUCACUGAAAACGGUUCCGGUUUCCUUGAUUUCUGUUUGAUUUUCAGCUAUAAUUACUUAACUAUGGAUUCCGGGUCAAGUGGCGACGAACCCACUUCUUGGGAAGACCUCUGUAGUAUCAAUUUGAUGCCCUCGGAAUUGUUCUUGAAGUUUCGUAAAGAGUUGCAGGGCUUUCGAGUUGGUGUCAAUUUGGAGUUCUACAAUGCUCCAUGUAACGAAUACGAAGCCAAGCUUGUUCUGAAGCCAUUAUAUCCGAACCAGCGUUGGAAGUUUAUCUACGAGCCAAUCCGUCAAGACAUUCGUCUUCUUUCCAAAAAGAUUCCUGUUACCAAGUUUCUAAAUCUUCAGGUCGGUAUCGGACAUAAUUUUCAGAUGCACGCCACUGGUUGGAAAUGGAAGCUAACCACAUGUUUAGGUGGAGACGGUGUAUCUCGCAUACGAAACAAGUCAUCUAUUAGCCCAUUUCCAGGAUUGGAUUUCCGCUUCGGAUGGAGGGCAGAUUAUGUUCUUCCUGAAAUUACAGGGGCUCUAGGCACUGGUGAACCGUUGUUUAAUAUGAACUCGGGAAGAUUGGAAGCCUCACUUGAUAGAAUAGAGGCUAUUGUCACUCACGGUGAUGAAUCUUGAACAACACCCCCAUUGUGAAGUUGAGAAGGUGAAAAGUAUAGCAGCUUUAGUAUAAUUCAAAGCUUCUAAAAGAUGAAAAAAUUGCUAGUUUACUUUCUCAGGAUGACAAAUUUCACAAGUUGAUUUUGGAGCACUCUCUCAAAUUUUUCUCUUCCAAUUACUCACGUUUUCUUUUAUUUCAUUUUAGUUGUAAAUUUGAAAAUCAAUCAAGGUUAGGAAUCUUGAGGAAGAUGGAUACUUCUGUUACACAUUUGUUCCAAACAAGUAAAUGAAUUCAUCAUACAUAACAUGAUUA